UUCCUGAAACCAACUUAUGCGCCGGUUCCAAACACGCGGGUCUACGUCAUGUAUGCUAUCGGGUUGGCGACAGGUUGUCAUGGACGGGUAAUUACUCUCUAGGGGCGGCAAACAACAGGGCCUGGGGUUGAAGGGCACCGAAGUUGUUAAGUACGGGCACGCGACGCGCAAGUGAUGGUGGGAAAGACCAAGUCAGACAUCGUCAGCCUCAGCAACUUCCAAACCGCCAAUUCAACAGGACAUAUCUCAACAUAUGCAUGAUUAGGUUUGAAUAUGGGGAGCAGCAACUCUAAGCAGGUGGGCCCUGACCGCAGGGUGAACACAACCAACGAACGGAACGCACUGGAAUUCGCCACCCCACGAGGAAACCUCCAGCUCAAGCGUGUUGACGACAUAGUCGCAAGAUCUCCACCACCGCCGACGGAGCGCCCCGAAAAGCGCAUGUUUCCUAAGGAGUACCGAAAUGUCGAGCAUGGGCCUGACGGCCGCAGAGAGAAUUUUGACAGGAGAUGGAUUCAGCAGGGACGGAACCCUGGCGAUCCCCGAGACAUGAAGAUGUACGAGUAUCCGGUCAAAACGCUUGUCCAACCCGCGCCGUUCAAGUCAGAGUUCGAUUUUACGAGUCCAUCUGCCUCACUCCGCGAUUGCAAAGCGCCACCGCCCAAAGAGCUGGAGGCCAUCAAGGAGUACUGGAUGGCGCCUCUCAACGACCCGGGACCGUUGCGUGCGGUAGUCAACAAGGAUCAAGAGGUGGUUGGAGCCAUAUACCACCCCAAAGGAGAUACGCGAGGCUAUGAGCGCGCCCGAGUGCAGCCCUUGGAUGCUCACGGCCGCGGCGAGUUAGCUCGCUACAAAGACACGCAGGUCGCUGGGCGAACCACGUGGCCACAGAGAGGGACGGAGUGACAGCGGAACCGUGGUUGCUGUGUACUGGACUCUGUAGUGUUAUAUGGCGCUCCGGGCAGCCGGGUAUAGUUAACUAUAUUAAACGCCCUAGAGAUAUCGAGUUAUAAGAGGGAGGUUACUACCUUAUACCUCUAAGCCUCCUAGACCUAGGUAGUAACUAGUUAGGCAUUACGUGCUGGUCAUUGAAGCUUCGGAGUCUCUGAAGUGUAUAUAUACUGGAAAGCGAAGGAAGGAACUUUGCUUCUAUAAUUAUACUGGGCUAAUCCUUCAAUAUUCA